AAGUCAUUAGCAUUUUUCUGCUGCCAGUGACACCGUCUGUCUUGAUGGCUAAAGAAGCCAGACGACAACAAGAAGCGCACGAGACAUCACAGACAGCGUGAAGCGGCCUAUAUCAUUGUGUUGAAAGAUUGACUGAAGCGGUACCAUGCCUGUGGCCUCCACCAGGACAGAGCCUGUGCUCCAGGUGAUGGACGCGAUGAGCGACAGCACCACCAGCUCCACCACAGCCAAUGACCUGGACCUCAUCUACCUCAAAGGCAUCAUGGAGAGUCCUCUGGAGCGAGAGGAGAGCCUGCAGGAGCCUCGUCCGUCGCCAGUGAGGGACAACAACGUGGAGCUCCUGCAGGAGAUCCUCAGUGAGCUGGACCCCUUCACACCCCACUCCGACACAGCAGCUGAGCUCACCCGCAUACUCACACAGCCUCACUUCCAGUCUCUACUUGAGACUCAUGAUUCAGUGGCGUCCCAGACAUGUGAUAGCCCACCGCCCAGCCCAUGUGAUUUUGUGGAUCAUGAGCAGGAGGAGCACAACCUGCACCCGCCACCUGAUGCAAUCCGCAUGGUGGGAAUACGCAAAGUGGCCGGAGAGCACCUGGGUGUGACGUUCAAGGUGGAGGGAGGUGAGCUGAUUAUAGCCCGCAUCCUCCAUGGAGGGAUGAUAGACCAGCAAGGACUGCUGCAUGUCGGAGAUAUAAUCAAAGAGGUGAAUGGACGAGAGGUGGGCCAGGAUGCCAGGGUGCUGCAAGAGGAGCUGCAAGCAACCAGUGGAAGUGUAGUUCUGAAGAUACUGCCCAGCUACCAUGAACCCAUACCUCCAAGACAGGUGUUCUUUAAAUGUCACUAUGACUACGACCCGGCCAACGACAACCUGAUUCCAUGUAAGGAGGCAGGCUUAAGGUUUGAGACAGGAGACAUCCUGCAGAUAGUCAACCAGGAUGACGUCAACUGGUGGCAGGCCCGUCAUGUGGAGGGUGGCAGCGCGGGGCUGAUCCCCAGUCAGAUGCUGGAGGAGAAGAGGAAAGCGUUUGUCAAGAGAGAUGUGGAACUGCCACCAGCAGGAAAUCUCUGUACUGGUGUUGGAGGGAAGAAGAAAAAGAAAAUGAUGUAUGUGACCACCAAAAAUGCAGAGUUCGACAGACAUGAGAUAUUGCUCUACGAGGAGGUGGCCAAGGUCCCGCCUUUCAAGAGGAAAACUCUGAUUUUGAUUGGUUCCCAGGGUGUGGGGCGGCGGAGACUGAAGAACAAGCUUCUACUGAGGGAUCCACUCCUCUUUGGCACCACCAUUCCAUACACCUCCAGAAAGCCCAAAAAGGAAGAUCGCGAGAGUCGAAUGUACGCCUUCACCAGCCGCAGCAAGAUGGAGGCGGACAUCAAGAAAGGGCGCUUUCUUGAACACGGAGAGUACGAUGGCAACCUAUACGGAAUCAAGAUCGACUCUAUACAUGAGGUGGUGGAGGCAGGACGCAUCUGCAUACUGGACGCCAACCCUCAGUCUCUCAAAGUGCUGAGGACCUCGGAGUUCUUGCCCUAUGUGGUAUUCCUUCAGUCUCCAGACUUUGAGGUGCUCAAGGCGAUGAACCACUCAGCUGUAGAGGCAGAGGUGGUUACGAAGACGCUGACGGAUGAAGAGCUGCAGAGGACAUGUGAUGAGAGCACUAAAAUCCAGGCGGCAUGUGGUCACUACUUUGACCUCAGCAUCAUCAAUGACAACCUGGAUGAAACCUACCGCACCGCCAAGGCCGCCUUGGAAACGGUUUCUAAAAACCCCCAGUGGGUCCCUGUCACCUGGGUUUUCUAGAAAGAGGCUUUGGAGGGCAGAGAAGGGAGGAAACAUGCGGAAGAAAACCAUGGCACCGAAAAUAUGCCACUGUGUAAAUGAUGGAAGUUCUUGUUUAGAUUAAGAAGUUUACACAGACGAUAGCAGUAGUUUAGCAUCAGCUAAAUUACAGGAUAUUCUCUUGAAAGUGAGUGAAUAACACAACCAUUAUUCAAACAGGAUUAUAUUUUUUCCUGUGCAGGGAGGACAGGAAGGAAUAGAAAUAAACAAGAAUGAGCAGGAAAAAGGAGGGGAAAAAGACAAAUGAAGUUGUGAAUGUCAGAACUUUGUGUGUGUGUGUGUGUGUGUGUGUGUGUGUGUGUGUGUGUGUGUGUGUGUGUGUGUGUGUGUGUGUGUGUGUGUGUGUGUGGAUUUUAGAGCAAAGUCUUUUUAUUAGUCUUUUAUUACAAAUGAUCAUCGUCAUUGUUUACAUUUCACAUCGGAGAGAUCGAUACCGAUGACACUUAAUCUCCAUGCUAUGAGGGCUAGAAAAAAAAGAAUCUUAACAAAACCUGAUCUACUGAUUUGUUUUUUCAAUUAACUUACCAAAUAUUUGACUUGAAAUGUUGAAAAUAAUGACAAACAACCAUCAUGACUUACAAGAGACCACAGGUCUAUCUUAAAACUGCUUAUUUGUUUUCCUGGCAGUCCAAAAACCCAAAGGAUUCAAUCUACAAAGAUGUUGGCGACUUCUAUUAUUGUCAUUAUUCAACCAGUGUUUCCCACUCUAAGCAGCACUAGCUUCAACACUUCAAAUAAUGCAACACUUCAGUUGCCGAAGCACAAUAAUGUAGAAGCCACAGAUUUCCUCAUGGUAAAUAAAUGUUUAUUCGAGAAUGUACUUGACAAAUUACGUGUGAUCCAGUGCCGGCAUCGACAGGCAAACCUCACAGUCCAUCUGUUCUCUGUCUGUGUUGCUAGCAUCGACGCCUUUCUUAUCUAGUUCUUUAUUUAUAUGUAGUUACACACGCACACGCACGCACACACACACACACACACACUCCCUGAACACAAACAAUAUCCACAUCAAUUUACAAUUCUUCAAUUGAGACUUGGUUGUAUGUAAGUACUGUCAUCACAUCUAAUCAGGCCACAGUGGCUAUUUCAACUUAGACUCACUUAAAAUAGUCUCUCUUUUGGUUGUGUUAGCUAGCUAACAGGCCAGUAGGCAAUUGGAAUAAUAUGUGAACAUAUUGUCCCGUUACCAACAGAGCUUGGCUAACAAGCUAGAGUUUGCUAUCUGACCGUUAGCAAGCGUGUAGCUCGGAGAACUUUAUUUUCCCUUUUUAUUGAAUACAAUGGUGUAGCCUACUAUUGUGAACAAAAUGCCAGCUGGAGUUAACAGAACAGUGAAUAGGGAAUCUUAAAGAGUUGUUGUGACUGACUAGCACCAGCCCAGAUGGCUAGCAAAUUAGCGGUUAGCUCACCAGCUACAGUUUUAGAAACAAAUAUAUUGCAACAACGUGCAAAAUAAAUAUUUUGCUGUACCCCUUUCUGGAGUUAUAAGGCCUUUAUAGAGUGAUGCUGCACCUCAUCAACCACAUAAUGGCUUAAAAACGUGUGGAAUGUAUAGUAUCUCGUUGAAUAGAACGUUUUUGCUCUGAUGUAAAAGACUUGCCUUCCACCACUAUCCUUGGUAUUUUAUAGGUGCUGGAGCAGCCAGCGAAUCACAUUUGGUUAUCAUGAAACAAUCCAACAACAACAACGUGUUGAAACAAAACUAUUAGAUGUGGAACAGUUAAUGCUGAUGUUAUGUAGCAACUUACAAGCUUAUAAUACCCAAACGCACAGAUAUAAGAUCAGUUCCCAGCCAGAUCAUGAAUACAGCCAGUGUUACCCAAGAUCUUAAGACCCGAAGUAUGGUUGAUAGUGGAGGCAUUACAUAGGCCUACUGUAGUUUCAACCCCAUCGAAACAUACACACACACACACACACACACACACACACACACACACACACACACACACACACACACACACACACACACACACACACAUAGAGCUUCUGUACAACGUUUUCUAUUUUACUACAGUAUUGUAUUCCAUAAGAAAGGGUAAUUCUGUUCAACACUCAACUAUUAUCCCUAAUUUGCACUUUCUUUUGUAGUAUUUCUAAUUCAAAAUAAAACCUAUUGGUUGUAUUUAUUAACGCAGUUGUAAACAGUUUGUAGAUAACAUGUAGAGACACAAUGAUAUAACAGAUACUGAUUUAGUAGGUAUGCGAUUCCUGCCUUGUAUUUACAGUAUGUGACACUUUAGUGAUAACUUCUAGAAUGUCAUCAGUAAACAUAUGUAUACAGUUGCCUACGAGUGAACAACACAACAAAAGAAUGGGCAGAAACCUGACAAAACUGAAGCACUUCAACAUUUCAGAACAUUUUCAACAGAUUUUCUUUGGCUAUUCAAAUGUGUUGUGCACUCUUGGGCCACUAUACAUGCAACACUGUCCAUGGUGCCAACUGCAGAAAGCUUUUUGUACUCAGAUAUUUUAUUGUGGCAGCUACUGAAUAUUUUGAUGACAAUUAAUUGUUUAGCAAUACAUGAGAAAAAUAGGUGUUUGUCAAAUACAAAUACUGACAAAUAAGCGACCCUCAGACCAAGGAGACGUUUUCAGUGGCUCAUUCUUUGUAAAAUGACAUUUAUAUCUAGGCUCUAGUUUUUCAAAGUGACUUGAAAAAUAGCAGAUAUUUGUCUGGCAGCUAUAUUUGGAUCUCUGGAGUGUUUGGUCUCGAGGACAUUCCAGAGCCUCACUGUGUCCUUUUUCUAUAAAAUGUCACAAAUGCAAUAAAACCAUUUUUGACAAUUUUUCUUUACUUAAUGAUGAACAUUUAGGUACAACCAUAACUCUAAAGUUAUUUGGGUUUCUAAAAAACUAUACACUGUAUACUAAAGGUAUACUUUUGAAGGGAUCAUUCCAAAAUGUUGCGUAACAAGAGCAUUCAAUUUGAUAUGUAAAAAAAAGUUACCUUAAAGGGAUCCUCCAGUGAUUUAGUGUUGCACUUUCAUAAAGUCGAAGAGAGAUUUAAAAGAUAAAUGGUCAAAAUGUAAGCAGCAGAGGCGAAGAUAUCCUGACUUUUAUUAUGGGUGGAGUUCCAAAAUCCCUAAAUCCUACAUUUCCCAUAAGGCAACUCAGCAGCAUCUCUCCAUUACAUCCUCCAUAUUUUCUAAACCCGAACCAAAAUAAUCCUGAUGACAUCACUAUGACAUCAUUUUACAACUGUUUUCACAGGCCGAGUAGUACUCCCCAGGGCCUUAAUGUGUCGAAUCAGUGGAGUGCUCCUUUAACUUCAAUAGUCUGCAUUUUAAAUAAAAUCCUUGAACAAAAUCUCGACAGUCACACAUGGCUCUAAAUAUGGACAGUAAAUUGAGCUUGAAAUGUUUAAUGUUGUUAUAGGACUGAUGAUUGUUCAUGCUUCUGUCUAUGCUGAAUAAACUAUUGAUUCUGUGUUUUCUUUCUGUA